AUGCCGCCCAAACAGGCGUACAACCCAGUGUCGUCCUCGUCCUUCCUCGACCUCAAGGCGCAGAUCUCGAAGCACGAGGACGACUUCAACAUGUCGCGACAGUCGGGCAAGCCAGCAGCGGUCGUCGGAGGACUCCCGCGACAGGUCAAGAAGCUCCCGGCCUGGGCACGGUCGAACAAGGGGCUUGCGGAACGGGCUGCGCGAGAUCAAGUGCUCUACGAGGAGGACGUGCAGAAGGGAAAGGACCCGGCGAAGAUCAGGGAGCAGCUCGAGAGGAAGGCUGCCAUCUACGACAAGAUCCGGAAAGGCAAGACCGGUGGGCUGAGCGAGGCGCAAAUCGAGGCGCUGCUUGUCGACUUUGACGCGAAGCAAGGCGGCGACGACUCGAGCGAGGAGGACGACUCUGCUGGCUCAGACGUCGACGAGAGCUUGACAGUGCCCGAUCGACGAAUACAGGACAAUGACCACGACGAGCCCGGCCCUGCAUUCCCGUACGACCCGCUCGUCGAAUACACCGACGAGUUCGGCCGCGAACGUCUCGUCCCGCGCUCCGAAGUCCCACGAGGAGCGCCCUUCCGAGAUCCGAACGGGAACGGCGAGUGGCAGUAUCAAAACAUGGUGGAGGAGCAGACGCCAAGUGCGUUCAAGCCUGGAGAGGGGCCGCAAGCCCAAAACGUCUACUACGGCGACCAGACGCAGUUUCCCGUCUACGAGCCCGACCCCGAAGUCCUCGCUCGACGCGCCGCCACCCUCGCCGCUGCUGCCGCGGCCCCGCUCGUCUCGCACUACGACUCGACUCAGGAGAACCGGACUCGCGGAGCUGGGUUCUACCAGUUCAGCGGGAACGAGGAGGAGCGGAAAGCGCAGAUGGAGGCGUUGCAGAGGGAGAGGGAGGAGACUGAGCGCAAAAGGAGGGAGAAGGAGGAGCUGGGGGAUGUUGUCAAGCGUGAGAGGGAGCGGGAGAAGGAGGAACGGAAGAGGAAGAUUGGGGAGAAGCGGCGAGAGAUGGAGGAGAAGCGGAAGAAGGCGCGAGGAGGGUGA